UAAAAUAUAUCGAAUUACGACAUAUAAAAGUCGAUCAGCUGAGAAAAAAAUAACAAAGAAACUCCGUCAUCUCAAAAAUUGUUAUUCUUCCUUUUGUACAAAUUGAAACGGAAAAGUAAUGAGGAAGAAGGCUUGAAAAAGGGCUUUCAAAUGAACAGAUAAUGAACGCUAGAUCCCAUGUAUUUGAACUGUCUGUAGAAGGACGUCAAAUAGAAGAAGUUGUAUCUAGUAUAUUUCACAGUUUGAUUCUGCAUAGGACUUUAGGAAAGUUCCAUUACAAACAAGAGGGUAGUUACUCUGUUGGAACGUUGGGAUUUGUUGACGAGGACUGUGAUUUCAUAGACUUCACUUACGUACGUGUAGCAUCUGAUGUAUUAACAAGCAAUGUGAGAAGAGAGAUUAUAACUUUCAGAGAUGCACUUCAACAGGUGGCAAGCCCAAGCGAGUCGGGACAGAUCUCGCUAGAAUUUUUCCAGAGGAAGCGAGCGCGAUGGCCAUUUCCAGCAGAAUGUAUACCGUGGGAGGUGUGGACAGUAAAACUUGAUGUGAUUACACUGAGCAAUGAACACGAGAGGCAGAUAUGCAGAGAGAGGGUAGGAGAAAUGUUGACAGAGAAAAUACUGUAUAUAGCAGACAUCAUGAACAGGCACGAGUAUGUGCCGAAAAUGCCGAACCAAUCUGAAGUUGAUCUCAUUUUUGAUACGUCAUAUGUGGAUGUACAGCCAUACUUACAUAGGAUUACACAUCAGAUAAAUGGCCCGUCUUCCAGUUCCGUUUCCACGACGAUGAGAAAGUUCAUCAAGGACACACUGGCGUUAUGACGACGGCUAAAUAUGUAGUUGCCUAUUGUUCAAUGUGCUUCUUCAAAUAUUUUUUUUUAUCAUGUGUCAAAAAUAAAUGAAUAUGUAUAAAUGAACGUCAAUAAUGUAUUAUUGAAGUCAUGUUGAAUAAAAGGGUAUUAGCUGUUUAGUGAUGAAAUAGAAAAAAACGUAAAUUUUGUGUUUACGGUUUCGGUAAAGUAGCUUUUAUAUAUAUGUAUUAGAAAUAUUAGAUGUAAAUGAGCCACACCAUGAGAAAAUCAACAUAGUGCGUUUGCGACCAGGUGGGACCCAGACCAGCCUGCACAUCCGCGUAGUCUGGUCAGGAUCCAUGCUGUUCGCUUUCAAAGCCUAUUGAAUUAGAGAAACUGUUAGCAAACAGCAUAGAUCCUGACCAGACUGCAUGGAUGCGCAGGCUGGUCUGGAUCCAUGCUGGUCGCAAAUGCACUAUGUUGGUUUUCGCGUGGUGCUGCUGAAAUAUAAAUUGCUUCAUGACAUUAUCAAAGUAUAAUGUUUCCUUUAGUAGUAUUGUCUAGAUUUGUGAUGUAUCAAAUGAAUAGGAAAGUAAUGACAGUUUUUAUUAAAUAUUUUUCAGUGAAUUAUUGGAAUAUUAGAGAGAAAUGUGUAUGAUAAUUUCACAUUGAAAAAUAUAUUUGAAGUUUUACAUUGUGUAAAAAAAUAUCAAAUGUAUUACUGAAAGGUGUAAAACUACAAAAUAGUAAAAUUUGGUUAAAAUCAUUGAAAAGAUGUGAAAUGAAAAGACAUUUUGUUAGUAUCAAUGUGUGAUUGAAAUAUUUUUCCUUGUAAACCCAAGAUUUUACAUUUUCACUCUUUGCUGUACCCCACUUGAAUAUAUUGAACUGAAACAAAAAGAUAUCCUCAAUCCUGAUGAAUGAAGUGCUUGAAAAAAUUACUCUUUUGUUAUGUUUGAGGUGGUUAUUGUCAAACCUGUAUUCAGCAGCCAGCUGAAAAAUCAGAUUGAAAUUGGAACAAAAAACUCUGAGAAGUUAGCUGAUUGGCUGCUUAAUGCAAGUGGUUGCUUAAAAUACAUGGACCUCUAAAAUAGGUCUGAAAAUAUUUUUAUAAAUUGCAUUAUUUUCCAUAUUAAAUAAGAUUAAUAAAUAUUUAUUUGAUGAUGAAACAGAAUCAUUACAAUUUGUUUUGCAGUGGACAGCAUGUUUUUGUAUGUUAUGAAUGAUGUUUUUAAAGUUACUGUUAAAAUAGAUUUACUAUCACUUUCAUUUCACCUGUAGAUGACUGUGCCUGUCACAAAGAAUAUGCAAGAUGCUGUUUUUUUUUUCUCAUAAAAAGCUUGCAUUUAUAGAUGCUAAAUAUAGGUGUAAUUUUGACCGUAUAAUCAGUCUGUUACUCAUUCCCGAAAUGAAGUUGAUAUGAAAGUUACCAAACUUAAGAUUUGAGUUGACGGAUGCGAGCAUUAUGUUUGAAAUAAACAUCUUGCUGUUGUUCAUUUACUUACUGACUUAUUGAUGUUACAGGGUUACAUGAAUUGUAUUUACUGUUAUGAAAUAUGUACUGAAAAGUAAGAAAUAUUUUUUAAGGAUGUUUAUACAUAAAAUGUAUUCUUAUUUUAAUGUAAUUCCUUGUGAAAACUCAUACCUUAAUCAUUAAUAUGCCUGUAAUGGGAAAACAUUAAUAUGCCUAUAAUGGGAAAACAUGGCUUUGGUGAAAAUUAAACACCACACUGUUUGACUGCUUUUAAAUCUCAGAAAAUGUUGCUUAUGCCAAGUUAACUUACAUUAAUACAGUAGUAUCUUAAAUUCUUAAAUGUACUGGACAGAAAUGCAUGGGGUUACUGUGAAAAAGAGACAUUUGGGGAGGGGAUCAUGGGGGUAGGGUUCUGAAGCUCAGAGGGUCUGAGCCGUGCUUUAUCAUAAAACAAAAUUGCUAGUGCUUCUGGUUUGAGAUUUCAAAAUGAUAUAUUGAUGCACCUUUGUAAACCAAGGCUUACAUUACAUGAAGAAGUAUGGUCUAUUGUAGUUGGUUGUUUUAUUUCAAGUUUUCUAGCAGUAUGUUUUGUGAAUUUUACAAUUGGUAUAAACAUGACAGUUUUCUUUGGGUGAUCAUUUUUUUUUGUAAUAGGACAUUCAUAAAUUUGAUAUUGUAAAAGUAACUGCAAUUUGAAUGGCCAGUAGCCUAGGUCACACCUAGAGUUUUAGAUAAGAAUGUUCACAGUUUGGUUUUUAUUUGUCCUUGUAUGCUGUUCCUGCCUUCCCUAGAAAAAUAAUGUGCUUAAGAGGUAUUUUUUAUAAACAUGCUUACAGAGAAACUUGCCAUCUGUAAUAAGAAUUUAAGGCUAUUUAACAUAGUUUUGUACAAAAUGGUGAUAUAGUUGGAUGAGUACCCAGUUGAAAAGCAUAUUAGUUAAUAUGGGAAUUAGUACUCAAAAAAAAAAAAAGUGUGUCAUCUGAUAUUAUUGAAUACAAUACUGAAAUAUAUUGUACAGUCAAAUGGUGCAAAUGUGAAUCACUGAUUGGAAGAGAAAAAUAGGUAUAAAAUAACUAUAUGUUAAUCUACGGUAAAUUUCUGUAAUAUGUGGGUUCCAUGUUGUUUAGUCGAUGUACGCUGUUUUUUAAUUUGCCUCAGGGAUUAGAAGUGUAUGCUAAUUUUGCAAAAAAGGUAAUUAAUAGGGUUUGCUAAUUUAUCAAGAAGGUUUUGUGAAGGCUUACUUUUUUUAGCAUUGUAUAAAUGUAUUUAUACUCUCCAGUUUUCUCCAUUUUGGCAAGCAGUUUGGUUGGUUACUAUUAAAUUUUUUACAGGCACAUAUUGAAAACUGCCAGCAUAAACAUGUAACAUUGCAAAGCAGUUUAAAAAGAAUUUAUAGCAAGGUUGCGAUUUCAUACUUGCGUAUGUCUAUGCAUAUUAAAAUUAGGGUCUGAUUAAAUGUGUUUGAUAAAUUAAAAUUUAAUCAAGUUGCUUACUACUGGUAAAUCUAUAUGUUUGAAACUUUAGUUUUUAUAUUUUUCAAGUACGCUGGAGCAAGUUCUACCAAAAACUACAAAAGUGUCUGAUUUAAUAUCUCUGGUGCUUAUGAAAUAAAGAAUGAAAUGUUUCAAAUUUGCGUACAGUAACAAAUCAUCCCUAUAUGUGUAAAAUUGUAACAUCCCAUAUGAUUAGACCUCAGUUGAAAAAUUCCAAUACAGUCCAUGUUGUCAGUAGAGAAUUUGCAGAAAAGUUUUAUAUUUAUGUUGUAAGUGCUGUAAAUAUUUAUUAACAACGCCUGUAAAUAGUGUAACAUAUAACCUUGGAUAUUGUUUGACAAAUGUUAGAAUUUAAAGAUGUUAAAAACUUGUGAUUGUGUUUAUUUAUCCCAUUAUGUUUUGAUAUAUAUGUGUUGUUUUUAAUAAUGCUUUCACUGUUGCUUCGAACAUUUUCAUUAUGGAUCAUAGUUCAAUUUGUGACAAAAAUGGUGAUAAUAAAUUAUAGUAAAAACUGAAA